CCCAGGCUCGCUUCUUGGCUGAUCCCCUGCUUCGAGAGGAGCUGUAAUCUUCCACUAUAUUGUGGCAACAGCCGUGUCCUCCCCCGCCGCCGCUCGCCAUGUCCGCUGCCCUCCACGCCCGCGACGCCGAUGAGACACGCCCUCUCCUGCAUGAUCACGACGACCACCCGCACUCGUACCACUCCGCUUCUUCCAGUCGGACCCAGUCGCCCGAGCCCGCGGAGCCGCCUUCGCUCAACAAGAUCUCCCGCAGCGACCUCAUCUGGGUUCUCGCUGGUCUCUGGAGCGCUGUAUUCCUCGGUGCCCUGGAUGGAACGAUCGUCGCAACACUGCUAUCGCCCAUCGGGAGCUACUUUAACGAAUCGAAUCGGUCUUCGUACAUCGGCACAUCCUAUCUGCUUUCCGUCUGUUGUUUUACUCCUCUCUAUGGUCGGCUGUCAGACAUCUUGGGCCGCAAAGGCGCGAUGCUUCUCGCCCUCUCCUUGUUUGGAUCGGGCACGCUCUUUUGUGGCCUCGCGCCCUCGAUGGACGCGCUUAUCGUCGCCCGUGCCGUCGCUGGCAUGGGAGGCGGCGGCGUAAUGACAGUCUCGAGUGUCGCUGUAACGGAUCUAAUACCCCUCCGUCAGCGCGGCCUGUAUCAGGGCAUGACUAAUAUUCUAUUUGGCCUCGGGGCUGGCUUGGGCGGCCCGCUCGGCGGGUGGAUGAACGACAUCCUCGGAUGGCGAUCAGCGUUCCUCCUCCAGAUGCCCAUCCUGGUGUUCUCGUUCUGCCUCGUCGCCCUCAAGGUCUCGAUCCGGCUCCCGGACGAGAUCGAAAACCAGCCGGUGCGCGCGAAGCUGCGGCGCAUCGACGUGCUCGGCUCGUUCACGCUCGUCGGCACCGUCGGCGCGCUCCUGCUCGGGCUCUCGCUCAAGUCGACGGAGGAGCUCCCGUGGGCGCACCCGCUCAUCUGGGGGCUGCUGCUCGCGAGCGCCGUGUUCGGCGCCGCGUUCAUCUGGGUCGAGACGUGCUGGUCGCCGUUCCCGGUCAUGCCGAUGCGCCUCAUCCGCAUGCGCACGCCGCUGUUUGUGUCGCUCUCGAACUUCUUCGGCAGCGUCGCCGCGUUCUCCAUGAUUUAUAACGUCCCAUUAGUAAGCUCCUCGCCCUGCGGUCUGCUGCGUUGGCCGUCGACUGACACCGCGAUGCCAGGCCUCCAUCUGUUGCCGCACUCCGUACGUACACGGAUGUCCUCCGUCGGCGUCCUAUCUGACCCCGCUGCCAGGUGGCCAUAUCCACGGGAAGCGUGUUUGCUGGAUGGUCAGGUCAUGCGCCGCACGGGCAAGCUGUACUCGCUGACGCUGUGCUCGUGCCUCCUCACGGUCGUCGCCGCGGCGCUCGUCGCCCGGUGGAACGAGCACUCGCCCGCGUGGCACCUCUGGCUCGACGUCGCCCCGCAGGGUUUCGGCAUGGCCGCGGUCAUCACGAGCACCCUCAUCGCUAUGAUCGCGAGUGUCUCGCGCGAGGACCUCGCCGUCGCGACAGGCAUCACGUAUUUGUUCCGGACGACGGGGCAGGUCAUUGGCGUCAGUCUGAGCGGAGCGCUCCUGCAAGCUAUACUGACCACCAAGCUCCGCGAGCGCAUACACGGGCCUAACGCCAUCGAGAUCAUCGACCAGAUACGUCAUUCAACGACCAUUAUUCCCCAGCUCAGUCCGGAGCUGCGGAAGGCGGCCGUGGACUCGUACGCGGACGCGCUGCGCGUGGUGUUUAUCUGCCAGGCCGUGCUCAACUUCAUGUGCUUCCUGUGCUGUCUGCCAAUCCAAGAAAAUCCAUUACCUGGAAGCCACGAAGAGCAAGAGGAAGCGUGGAAGCGAAGAGACUCGAACCGGACCGAGUCGGACGGGGAAGAGAGUCCAUGAUGAUGUAUACCCUGGAUCAUUAGUGUAAAAUAGUUAGAGAAACACUUGAACAUCCA